AUGGCUGGUUUUGAGCAAAAGGCAACCAAAGGAAAGGUCAAAGCUGUGUCCCGAGAUGCAUCGUUCAUGAGGUCGCCAACUGUCACGAGCAGGCGUGGUCCUCAGUCAGCCUUGGCUUCCCAAGUCAACUUAAACUUCAGUGUAAACGAUGGAGAGAUGAGUAGUCUUGGUUGCCAAGUGGAUUGGAUCUGGAAUCAAGCAGGAGAGAGGCCUGUGGGGACAAUCUGUGUGCCAGUGCUGGAUUUCCCCUUUCUGAAGAGUAGGAGACUAGAAUAUGUGCAGAGCAAUGAAAGAUCACUGGGACAAGCCUCUAGGUUGGCCAUUAGGUCUAAUUCGGUAACCCAGGGGUUUAAAGACCUCAGGGCUGCCCCAGGAAGUAGACAGGGUCUGGGUGAUCAGCCCCACAGCCUGCCUAACACUUCUCAUGGCAAGAAGAAACCAGAUCGUCUUCCAUACAUUACGAGCUAUGCUAGCAAGAACCAUGCCCCUGACCCUACGUUUAGCUUGUCUAUAGUCUCCAAAAGGGUCUUUCAGUGUGAUUCUGUCAAAGGCCCAGAGCACAGGCGCACAUUUGUUGGACACGCUGGCUUGCAGAAGAAUAGCCCCGAAGCAACAGCAGGGGAGGCCCAGGGGAAAAAGAGGAUAAAGGCGUUGCUUAGCAAGGCUAGAAAGCAGACGGAAAAAGCCUCAAACCAAGUAGACACCAGGCAGUUCCAGAAGCAAGAGGUGGUUAUGAACACCAAAUGCCCAAGCAAGAAACAUCAGCAACAGCAACAAGAGAGCCCGGAGGGUCUGAAGAGUGGCCGUCUGGGAGGAGGAGACAACACAGGGCUCAGACAGUCCCGAGGGCCUUUCAGGUACUACGGAUGUCUUGCUCCUCCACGAGGAAACACCUUUUUGCAGAGCAAGAAGAUCAAGCCCUAUUCUAGAGAGUCAGUCUGGAUAGGAAAAGCAAAGGGUUUGGGCCAAGAUCUGUUGGCCAAAGCCAAGCCCUGGCUCCUAAAGAGGAAGAAGAUGCAAGCCAUGGAGAUGUUGACCAAACCCCAUCACCAUAGAGGACUCUGCCUAGAAAACAGCAGAAAGGAAGUAAAACGGUUUUCUCAGGACAUCCCACAGGGCGCUUUGGAAAGGAACAUCGCGAGGCCUAAGUGGUUGCCAAGGGAGGAAGGCUGGGACCACAUGGUCCAGGGAACCCCCGUUGUUUUUGCAGUUCGGGACUGUACUUAA